AGCAUUAUCGUAAGAUUAGGAUAAGCGCAAGUAGAUAUAUAAAAAACUAAUUGUCUUUAACAACAGUUAUUUGUUGGACAGUUGUAACGCACAGCAAAUAUGAAGUUUCUCAUCGUACUAGCUCUCGCCUCCGUGGCUCUGGCCACUCCAGUAGUCAAGCCCGUGGUCAUGCCCGAGGCUCCUCUGCCCGCCUUCGAAGAGCUGCCUUACGUACCCAUGAUCGAACCUGUGGACAUCAAGCCCCUGUUCGUUCCCCAAGCUGUUAUCGAUGAAAUUAACGCCCAGAUCCCUGUUGCCGUCGAUUUCGUGGAUGUUGCUGAAGAUGCGGUUGCUGCUGAAGAGGUUGUCGCCGCCGCCGAAGAAGAGAUUGUCCCUUCCGCCGUCCUCUUUGUUGAUGCUGCCGAGAAUGUAGACAGCGAGGUCGCCGAGGUUGUUGCCGCCGCCGGAGAAGAGAUUGCCCCUGUUGCCGUCAACUUUGUUGAUGUUGCCGAGAAUGUAGACAGUGAGGUCGCCGAAGUUGUUGCCGCCGCCGAAGAAGAGAUUGUCCCUUCCGCCGUCCUCUUCGUUGAUGCUGCUGAGAAUGUAGACAGCGAGGUCGCUGAGGUUGUUGCCGCCGCCGAAGAAGAGAUUGUCCCUUCCGCCGUCCUCUUCGUUGAUGCUGCUGAGAAUGUAGACAGCGAGGUCGCUGAGGUUGUUGCCGCCGCCGAAGAAGAGAUUGCCCCUGUUGCCGUCAACUUUGUUGAUGUUGCCGAGAAUGUAGACAGCGAGGUCGCCGAGGUUGUUGCCGCCGCCGAAGAAGAGAUUGUCCCUUCCGCCGUCCUCUUCGUUGAUGCUGCCGAGAAUGUAGACAGUGAGGUCGCCGAAGUUGUUGCCGCCGCUGAAGAAGAGAUUGCCCCUGUUGCCGUCAACUUUGUUGAUGUUGCCGAGAAUGUAGACAGUGAGGUCGCCGAAGUUGUUGCCGCCGCUGAAGAAGAGAUUGUCCCUUCCGCCGUCCUUUUCGUUGAUGCUGCCGAGAAUGUAGACAGCGAGGUCGCCGAAGUUGUUGCCGCCGCCGAAGAAGAGAUUGUCCCUUCCGCCGUCCUCUUCGUUGAUGCUGCCGAGAAUGUAGACAGCGAGGUCGCCGAAGAGAUAGUUCCCGUUGCCGUCAAAUUCGUUGACGCCGCCGUCUUGUAAUAGUCGACCUCGUCUACCUACCUACGCAAUGACAACUCCUAACCGCGUUAAGUAUUUUAUUCGUUAAUAAAUUUUAAUUUCAGUUACUAUUUUAAGGCCAUAAAGUAACUUUAUUUUCUCACUGUACACAAUCUCAAAAAUAUAUAUUUUUUUAAAAUAACUGUGAAUUUAUACCUUAUCACAAAUCAAACAAAAGUAAAUAAAAGUCCAACAAAUAAACUGAUAAAUUAAUAUUUUA